AUGCCAACGGCACGGUACAACGCCGUCGCGCAGCACGAUAGCGACGACGACGAGGCCACGCCGCCUGGGUACACCGAGUCCGGCGUCAUGCUGCCCCGUACCGACGCCGACAGCCCCGGGUUGCAGGACCCGGAGCAACCACUUCAAGUUGCAAAAGGAAAGCCAGUACCGGGCCCGAGCAACGUUCCAUCGACGAUGACGAUAGGAUCGAACCUACCAUACCUUGCCCUCGACGAGCAGGCCUUUACGCCUUUAUCUAUGGAAAGCAGCGAGUUUGCUCUCGAGAGUCAAUCACAAUCCCUGACAAAGAAUCAACAACAAGAUGCCCUCCAACCAACACCCUCCCGCACAAAAUCCCGAUCCGCGCGUCGCCCUCCCUCUCCCCCCAAAAAAUCUCCCGGCGCCCUCGAAGCUGAGCGUCUCGUGCGCACCGCCAAAUCCCUAGAACGUCUCCGAACAGCCCGCAGUAUGGAGCGUCUCCGACGCCAGGCUAAUGCCAGCGCGGCCAGCAGCAGCAAAGAGAGCAACAGCAGCGCUAAUGCUGCGGGGAGAGGUACCUCGCCGGCCCCUGGGACCCAAAUACACGUCGAAGAGGUUGUGCAGUCCUUCGAGAAGCUGCACAAGGCUGCUGUGUCAGAUGCGGAGAAGUUGGUGAGGAGUAAGAGUCAGGGACAUAGGGAACGGCCACCAGUUCCUCCGGUGCCGUCGACUUUGAGCCUGAAUCUGGGUUCAAAACAAGAACAGGACGAGCGCGGGGAAGGACAGAGGACACAAGAUCCCGACGAAUCCGCCACUGCAGAUGCAGGACCUGCAGCAGCCAGCGCUGAUCAGCAGCUCCAGAGCACAGUGGGUGAGGGCAGCCACCAAGGUGCUACGCCGCUGCUGACUGGCGGCAUCAGCAACAGCAGCGGCAGCGGCAACGCCGUUGGUGCCCGAGCGGCGGACGACAACCACGAAAACGAAACUGAUUUCCGCUCUCGAGAGGCUGUGCCACGCGCCAGCAAUGCAGCGCUUCCCGAUCCUUCUAAGGACACAUCAGCCACAGCGAACGGCGAUCGGUACUCAAAGCUUUUAUCUUCAGAAGAGCCAGACCCAGUCCCACAAACAAUUAUUGCCCAAACAACACUCAUCCGCCCAACCCCCUCCGCACCCCAAUCCCCCGUGCGCACACGCACCCGAGACAGAGCGCCCUCCAGCCCGAAAGCUAUCCGUCCUCCUCUCGUUCGGACGGCAUCGACUGCCAGCGUCACGCUCAGCCAUCCCGUGCCCGACUCGAACAAGUUGUCACAGGCUGGCGGGUUCUUGGGAAAUAUCGCUGCCCUGGAAGCGACCGCAGAGAGGUUGGCUUCGUGUGGUGACUCGACGCUUGAGGACGCGAUUAGGGAGGAGCAUAACGAAUUGAAGAGGAGUGAGAGUCGGAGGUCCAGGGCGAGUACGUAUCGCAGGACAAGGGGAGAGAGUAUAUCGGAGGAUCAACAGCAGGUUGGUACGGGGGUUGGGGUGAGUCGGCAGAGCUCGGUCAGGAGUACGCAUGCUGUGACGAGGUCGAAUAUGGCCGCGUCGGGGUACAUGAUGAGUCCGAAGCGGUUGAGGUCGGGAAGCAAGGCUAGUUCGACGGGGUUCUCAGGGCAGAUUCCCGAGACUGAGAUCACGACGGGUGCUGGGCAGGAAAAUGAGGAUGGUUCGCAUCCGCCGCCGGCGAGAUCAAGUUUUCUUUCUCGCCACGGACCUGGCAAGGCGUCAGUCCGCAGUGUCGCCAGCAGUCGGAUCUCCUUAACCCAAAUCGCCGAGCUGGAGCCUCCGUCAGCCAUCACCCAAGAAGCCCUGGACGCAGCCGACCGCGCCGCCGCCACCGGCCAACACGACGACGACGACGAUGAAGACGUCCUGCGUGCCCGUGCCCACCAAUACAUUGAGGACGAGUUCGCCGAGAUGCUCAAGGACGUGCCCGACCAACCUCUCGGUGUGAGCCUUGGCCUCAGCGAUUUCUCUCUCCCGCCACCCGCUACCUCCUCAGCACCAACACAAAUCCCAGGCGCCGAAACAGGUGGUCUCAACUUCCAAGAAUACCGCGACGAGCCCUUCCCUCGUCUUCAGCUCCACCAACCGGAUAACUACCAGCCCUAUGGCGCUUCUCAGCCUCUUGAGCAUCACCUCCGGCCUGCUACAACUGCGUCCACGUAUGAUACUGAGGCUGCGGCAGCUCAGGCGGCGUUUGAUGACUUUGAUGGCGUGCACUGCGACCCGGACGCCCCGGAUCCAAGGCAUUCUCUCCCUCCAUCCUCUGCUGAGCACGGCUCGGUUCGUCCUUUGCCGACAUACACAGCCUAUGGUCCCGCGCCUCCAAGACCACAACCGCGUCUUGGCUCACAGCAGCGUCCGACAUCGUAUAUUGACCCGAUCACAGGGCAGCAAAUGAUUUAUUACCCUGCCCCAGUGCCGGCUAUGUUGAACCUCCCGCCGAAGCUGAGUAAGAAGCCAAAGGCUGCGCAGCGGAAUGCACGGAGGUCACAGAUUGUGAGCCACAUGCCGCAGGCGGCGAGGGAAAGCAGAACUUGGUUGCCGGAUCCGACGGAGGGGUUGAGGGAGACCAGCGAUUUUAGUAUGGAUGUGCUUGGCAGGGAGAGCGAGGAAGGACCUGUGAGGAUGUCUGGGGAUGGACAGACCCAAUCGGAUGGGCCAGGGGUGAGACAUUCCGUCAGUUUUAGUGUUGACAGCACGGGUCAACAACCCUCAUGUUAUGGACCCCGGCAAGAGCAACCUGUUCCUGGUCCGGUCCCGGGCGUUGAACCGCAAAAUCUUCGCGUCCCGCAAAGCCUCAAGGAGAACCGCAAGUCCUCCAUCAACCCUCACCUCCGCGCCAGCGCCUUCUUUGACCUCCCCUCAACCACGCUUCCUAAGCUCGAAGUCAAGAACGGCUCGGCUAUGGAUACCCUCGAUAGCAUCCUCGACGCGUCGGCGACUGCGCCAGUCAAUGCCUUCACGGAUCAUGUCUUUGCAGGAAAGCUGGGUGCGGAGGUGUACGGCCCAGAGAAGAGGAAGAAGAGAGUUAAAAAGAGCACUACCGGUCAAACACAGGAAGAUAAGAAGGAUGAUGAGGCCAAGGACAAGGACAGUGACGAAAAGAAGCCCAAGAAACUUGUCAAGAGCAACUCAGCCGGCAACCUCCUCGACCCAAAUCAAGCACAAGAAAAGGACAAGAAACGCGCCAGCCGCUUCUCCCUUUUCACCCACAAACGCUCUCCCUCCUCUUCCAGCACUUCCCCGUCCGACGACGAAGAUGCCCACCCCCAUCCCCAAAAACAGGACUCCGAAUCGGAGUACACCACCGAAACCGAGGAAGAGCCGGAACCCAUUUACCAAGGCCCGCCUACAACCCUCCUUGCGGAGUUGCAAAUCCGGAAGCAGCAGGUCAAGAAUCGGACUCGGUUACCAGCUCAUGCCCGUACAAAUGGCAUGCAUACUACUCUCUUGGAACUAGACGCGGUAGCAGAGAUGGAGCGCAAAGCUCGUCUAGGCAAGCGCGUUACCCUCGCGUGGGAGGACCCUGCCGCGUCCAAGCAGGAUGAGGAAUCGGAUGAGGACGUCCCGCUUGGCAUGUUAUAUGCCGCUAAGGUAGCCGGAGGGGCGAAGCGGUCCUCUACGAUGGAUAUAUCUAUCCUCAUGAGUGAAGUGUCACGCCCGUUGGGGCUGAUGGAGAAGAGAGAGCUGGAGGAUAAUGAGCCUCUUAGUCGACGACGAGAACGACUCCUGGCAGGCAAGGACCCUUCGCCAGCGGCGAACCAGGGCUUAUCGCUGGAGAUGCUGCAGAAGAGGUUGACGCUUGUACCUGGGGCUGCGCCGACCGGACUUCAAUUGCGACGGGAGUCGAGGUUAGCCAUUCCUGGGCAGGGGGCGUCAUCGGGUAGUAACCCCAGGACGAGCUUAAGUCGACCCGGGUCGAGGGCGCAGAGUUUAGUUGGCGUUGCUGGUGUUGCUCCUGUUGGUCUUGGAGGUAAGGAGAGUGAGGAGAGUGAGCAUGAAGAGGAGACGCUGGCUGCAAGGAAGGAGAGGCUUAAGAAGGCGAACUUACCUGAGCCGCGGCCCGUCAGUGGGGCGUUUUCGGCCGAGGUGUUGAGUCAAUUCGCGCCAGAGGACAAGGGCGAAAAAGAGAAGGAUCCGCCGGCUCACAGUCGGAAUGUUUCUUCCGUCUCUGCCACGGCUGCUGCUCAGCCCCAAACCCAAGACGUCCCAGAAGAGGAAGAAACCCUCGCCCAACGGCGCGCUCGUCUCCAACGUGAAAGGGAAAUGGCUGGAGCGGGCGGUAGCCUCCCACGUUCAACAACCCCCCUACCCAGCCUCAACCUCAACCUCCCUGUCCCCUCUCUCAACCUUCCGACCAACACCAACAACCGCCAUACCCUAGCCCCAGGUGCAAUCUCAGCCUCAAGCGGCGGCCUCAGCACCUUCCUAACCCGCCCCCCCUCCGCAUUCGUGAUGAACGACCCCCGCGAAGCAGAACGCCUCCGCAAGGAGGCCGACGCAGCGAGGGGCACGGAGUGGGGGUUUCAUGGGGGGGUGUUUAAUGAUGGCUUUGCCGGGGCUGGAUCAGUGGGGAGUAUAAAUGGGAGACCGGUGACGUCGUAUUAUGGGACAAGUGCGGGAGGGGGAAUGACGUUGUUGCAGCAGAGGGAAAUGCUGGACUAUCAACAACAGCAGCAGCAGCAAUUUAGGCCUGGGACUGGGACAUUGUUGGGGCAAAUUCAUCCUCAGCAAGGGAUAGGGAUGAACAUGGGGUAUGCUGGCGGGAUGGGACUGCAAAGCGGCUUUGGCGCGUCGACACCCAACUUGGCUAUGGGGACGGGCACGGGUAUAGGAGGUGCAGGGUACGCGGGUAAUGUUGGUGGGGGAGGAUUGGUGGGCGGUUUCCGUAAAAUAGGCCUAAUCAACAACGUCCUUUACGUGAUCCUCCUCUCCGCGGCCCAAGAUCUAGUCGGCUUAGCCACUCCCAAAGCUCUAGUCCUUCUUGCCGACGUCGCCCCCUCCUUCUUGACAAAACUCAUCGCGCCGUACUUCAUUCAUCGCGUCCCCUAUUCCGUGCGCAUCGCCAUCUUUGUGUCGUUCUCCCUAGCCGGUAUGCUUGUCGUCGCGUCUGCGCCUGUCAAAGGCUCCGUCCCGAGGAAAUUGUUUGGUAUUGUUCUCGCCAGUUUGUCUUCUGGUGGUGGGGAACUGAGUUUCCUGGGAUUGACGCAUUACUACGGACAUAUGUCGUUAGCCGCAUGGGGGAGUGGCACCGGAGCAGCAGGGCUGGCCGGCGCAGGGUUGUAUGUCUUGUUAACAGGGUGGCUGCAGCUGGGUGUGAGGAAGAGUCUGUAUAUGUGUGCAGUGCUGCCGUUUGGGAUGGUGGUCGCUUUUUGGGGAAUUCUUCCUCGCGCAAAGUUGAAGGCCGCUGGUACGGCAGUGGUUUACGAGAGGUUGGCGGAUGAGGAUGGUGAGGAUUUUGGGGAUGUACCACCCGCGGCAGCGUCUUCGUCUCUGUUGUCCCCUGGUCCGGCGGCCGCUUCGACGGCGUUCCAUACCCCCUCUGCAACUCUAACCACAGCCAAAUCCUCGGAGUCGUUCACCUCCAAACUCCGCCGCGCUCGGUCAUUAUUCAUACCAUACAUGUUCCCCCUCUUAUUAGUCUACAUCGCCGAGUACACCAUCAACCAAGGUGUCGCGCCUACUCUCCUCUUUCCCCUCGACAAAUCCCCCUUCACCGAAUACCGUGCCUUUUACCCCUUCUACGGCUUCCUCUACCAACUGGGCGUCUUCAUCUCCCGUUCUUCAACACCCUUUAUCCGCAUCCACAACCUUUACACCCCUUCUCUACUUCAAGUCGCUAAUUUGAUGCUUUUGAUAUUCCACGCAAUGUGGGAUUUUAUUCCCUCCGUGUACAUUAUCUUCAUAAUUAUCUUCUGGGAGGGGUUACUGGGGGGCGCAGUGUAUGUGAAUACUUUUGCGGAGAUCAUGGAGAGUGUUCCGGCGGAGGAGAGGGAGUUUAGUCUUGGUGCAACAUCAGUUAGUGAUUCGGGGGGUAUUUGCAUCGCCAGCUUUUUGGGGAUGGUGUUAGAGGUUUGGCUGUGUCAGUGGCAGGUUAGCCAGGGGAGGGAUUAUUGCCGGAGGAUCGAGAGGGGUUGA